AUGUUGGCACCUAGGAAAGACAAAAGUGGAGAAGAUGAUGGAAUUGGUUUUGAAUACAUGAAUGUAGAGAAGUCAUCUGUUCUCCAAGAGGCCCGUCUCUUUAAUGCUAAUCAACCAAAUCCGCGAAAAUGCAUUCAAAUUCUUACAAAAACUUUGUGUUUAUUGGAUAAAGGGGCCAAGUUUAGUAGACAAGAAGCAACGUCUACAUUUUUCGCUGCGACUAAACUCUUCCAACUACCAAACCAAAGUCUGCGAAAGUUGCUUUAUCUUGUCGUUAAAGAAAUUGCUCCUUAUGCGGAUGAUGUCAUUAUUUUGACAAGUAGUCUGACCAAGGAUAUGACCGGUUCUGAGGCCUCAUUUCGCGCACCAGCUAUUAGAACUCUGUGUAAAAUUACUGAUGCCUCUAUGGUUUUAUCGAUUGAACGCUACCUUAAGCAGGCUGUUGUUGAUAAAUCUCCAGCUAUUGCAUCGGCUGUUCUAGCAUCAGCUUAUCAUUUAAUGCGAGUUUGCCCAGAAACUAUUCGACGUUGGAAUAAUGAGAUUCAGGGGGUUGUCUCCGGUCCUAACGUUAUUGUUCAAUAUCAUGCUCUUGGCCUCCUUUAUCUUAUGCGUCAGAAUGAUCGUCUUGCUACUCUCAAACUCAUUCAAAAAUUCCUUCAAUCACCUCUUCGUUCAUCUUACGCUCAUUGUAUUAUGAUCCGAAUUGUUGCAAGACAUAUUGAAGAGGAGGGACUAGCUGAAAAUCAGAACAUGAUGGAUUUCUUGACGACUUCUCUGCGUCACAAAUCCGAGAUGGUUGUAUAUGAAGCAGCCCGAGCUAUUAUUGGUUUGAGUAAGAUAACCGCAAAAGAGUUAGCACCGGCGGUUAGUGUUUUACAACUCUUCUGUUCGUCGCACAAGUCAUCUCUUCGCUAUGCUGCCGUUAGAACCCUCAACAAGAUCGCUACACGUCAUCCCGAUGCUGUAGCUUAUUGUAAUCAUGAUUUGGAGAAUUUGGUUUCGGACCCAAAUCGUAGUAUUGCUACUCUGGCGAUUACAACUCUCCUUAAGACUGGUAGCGAAAACAAUAUUGACCGUCUCCUGAAGCAUAUAUGUUCAUUCAUGGCUGACAUUACCGACGAAUUCAAAGUUGUGGUUCUGGAGUCUAUUAGAAUGCUUGCUGCUAAAUAUCCUAGAAAGUAUUCCGUCCUUCUUAACUUCUUAUCUGGUCUUCUGCGUGAUCCUGCUGGAUAUGAAUACAAGAAGGCUGUGGUUGUUGCUAUGGAGUCGAUCAUCCGCGAUAAUCCCCAGGCUAAAAACCUCGGUCUUCUGCAGUUGUGUGAAUUUAUCGAGGAUUGUCAACACGAGAAGCUGACCCAGAGGGCACUCUAUCUCCUGGGUCGUGAGGGUCCUUUCUUAAAUAGACCGAAGCAGUUCAUUCGCUUCAUUUAUAAUCGUAUUAUCUUGGAGUCGGCUCCUGUGAAAUGCACUGCUACUACAGCUUUGGCUCGAUUUGGUGCUAAUUGUGAGGACCUUCUACCUUGCGUGCUUGUUCUACUUGAACGGGUCAUGCUUGACGACGAUGAUGAAGUUCGAGACCGUGCCGCAUUUUAUCACUAUGUUCUCUCCACCGGUGAUCGAGAUUUAAUGAAGGAGUACAUUCUUAAUGAUGACAUCCACCUCAACAUGCAAUCAUUGGAACGUGCCCUUGUCAAUUACAUUCAGGCUUCUUCAGCUGAACAGGCUCGACCUUUUGACAUUUCGACAAUUCCUGUGGAGGAACCACCUGCAGAUGGUUCCACUGCAGUCUCCGCGAUGGCUGACAGCUCCACUUCUGGAUUUUUUGAUCCAGCCCCUUCUGCUGUCUCUGGAAUUGGGGCUACUGGAAGGAGUGAAAAUACGGACUCAGAAGCUCCACAAGCUGCAUCCGGAGGAAUUGGUACACGUCGACAGGACCACUUCGCCGAACAACUGGAGGCCAUACCAGCCAUCAAAUCUCUUGGUACACUUUUUAAAUCCUCUAACGACUAUGAACUCACUGAUGCUGGCACUGAAUAUGUGGUCACAUGUGUCGUCCACACUUUCCGUGAGCAUAUUGUCCUUCAAUAUGACGUCACAAAUACAAUGGAGGACCAGUUACUCGAGAAUGUUUACGUAGACGUUGAAGUAGCCGACGACGAAUUUGAGGUUCUGGAUACCAUCUCCAUCAAAUCCCUACCUUUCAACAAUCCCGCUUCGACUUACGUCAUUGUCAAACUGCCUGAUGACGUCUCAUACCUCACCACAUCCUUCGGAAAUACUCUUCGAUUCGUUGUCAAAGAAGCUGAUUCUGCUGGCUCCAAUGAUCCUGGAAUUAGCGAUGAAUAUGCUUUAGAACAAUUGACCCUUCCUGUUGCCAUCCACAUGCAACGUAUCGUGAAAACCAACUUUGCUGCCGUUUGGGAAGAAUUUGGUGAAGAAGGUGAAGCCGAAGAGACCUAUUUUCUGUCUAAAUUCUCAACCAUUGACGCGAUGGUACGAGAAUUGGUUGCCCAUUUGGGAAUGCAGCCUUGUGAGCGAAGUGAUCAAGUGGGCCCAGAGAAAGUUGCUCACACCCUUCUGCUUGCUGGUCUUUUCCGUGGUGGAGUCACCGUUUUGGCUCGAUGUAAACUAGCCAAAUCGGUUCCUCCGUCACCUGUUGGUAUCAACUUCCAAAUAACAGUUCGCUCUGAGGCUCCUGAAAUUAACCAAGGCAUUGCUGAUGCUAUUGGAUAA